AUGCCAGGACUUGCCAUUUCUCAAGACUACUAUGCCCCUCGCCCCGAAGAGCUGCUGCCAGCAGGUGCAGUGUCUGACAAGGUGGCGCAGGAUAUCGGCAAACCAGUGCCGCUGCUGCUCCAAUCCACGACCGUCCCGAGUGGCAACAAGACAAUUACUCUGAAGAACCGGGCGAUCGUGUCGCCUAUGUGCAUGUAUUCCUCUCGUGAUGGAUUCCCUACGCCAUUCCAUCUGGUGCAUUACGGACAAUUUGCAUUGCAUGGUGCAGGUGCCAUCGUCGUCGAGGCUACGGGUGUGACGCCAGAAGGCCGAAUCUCGGAUCGCGACAUGGGCAUGUACAAGGAGGAACAUGUUGACGCACAUGCCUCUCUUGUGUCCACCGUGAAGAGUUUGGCGGCAGGUGUGAAGAUUGGUAUUCAGCUUGCGCAUGCCGGCCGUAAAGCAUCAACUUGGGCAAUGUACGAUCAAAAGGCCUGGACGGAGCCCUUCUUGUCGACCUCUGAGGGUGGUUGGGAAGACUCCGUGAUCGCUCCAUCGGCUAUUCCUUUCGGUGAGGGACACAUUAUGCCUAAGGAGAUGACUCUUCAACAAAUCCGUGACGUUGAGGAUGACUUUGUGCGUGCUGCGGACCGUGCGUUCCGUGCCGGCUAUGACUUUGUGAUGAUUCACUCGGCACACGGUUACUUGAUCAGCUCAUUCAACUCUCCUCUUACUAACAAGCGUACGGAUGAGUAUGGAGGAUCGUUCGAGAACCGCACGCGCCUUCUGCAGAACAUCGUGCACCGUAUUCGUUCCCAGUUCCCAGACAAGGGUGUCUGGGUUCGUCUGAACGGUACAGAUGGUGUGGAAGAUGGCAAGGAGGAGAGCUGGACGGAUGAAUCCACUCGGGCCCUUGCUCCGCUUCUCGAGCAGAACGGUGUUGAUGUGCUUGACAUUAGCAGCCGAGGCACCGUCGGAUACGCUAAGGUUAAGAUGACGCCUGGAUAUCAGGUCCCUGCCGCCAUCGCAGCCAAGUCCUCCGGACUGAAGCGUAUGCUGGUGAGCGCUGUGGGAACGAUGCAUGGUGGUACACAGGAAGAACCAGACAAGUAUGGCCUGUUUGCUGAGAAGAGCUUGCAGGAGGGCAGUGUUGACUUGGUCAGUUUGGGACGUGUCAUGCUUCACAACCCUGGCUGGGUUAAGGAUGCUGCCCAAAACCUGAUGGGUGCGGAUGUUGUGUGUGCCUUGCAGUAUGACUACACGCUUCCUUCUCUCAGGCGUCGUUAG